AUGAACAUUUAUAAACGAGAUACCAGCUUGCCUUUUAUGGAAUCAGUGUCAAUUACUGCUUUCAUGAGGUACGGCCCGCGUAAAGGUGCUCCACGAAUACCCGACCUCGUUGAAAGCGAAAAUAUCAGUCCGCAAGGAUUGGCAGAAGUGCAGAAGAUAGAGGUUAAUGACAGCAACAGAGGCAAUGAAUCUCAACCAAGCGGAGUAUGA